AUGAUCCCAAAUGUGGCGUGGCGCAAAUGGAUCUCUUGGGUUUCAGGAAUAGGUCUAGUAUUGCUAUUGAUGUGGGCCAUAAUCCACAACGUGGGUAAGCAUUCAGAAGAUGGUGGCAACACAGAAUCGCUGACAUUCUUCGUCCACUGCACGAACGAGGUGGCAAUCGUCGCCGGGCCAGGCAAAGACACGCACGACAUGAGCAAGCUGGCGUUCGGAAGCACGCUGAUCUACGACAACGAUGUCACGGAGGGACCUGACUUGGCGUCCAAGCUUAUAGGAAGACGCGAAGGCAUGGCCAUCAUGGACAAUUUCGCAGGCGAGAACUUCUAUCUUCUGUUCACUGUCAUCUUCGAGCAUCACCCCAAGUACCAGGGCACCCUGCAGGUCCAGGGCACGGAAAUCGGUCACGGAGACCGUGAAAUCUCUGUUGUCGGUGGCACGGGCGAUUUCCGCGGCGCUCGGGGCUACUCCACUUUCCACUUGUACACGGCAACUCCAUAUCCCAUCAUCGAGCAAAGCUUCGUCCUCUACAAGGACUCCUUCAAUUACAAACGCUCCGUGGACGAGAAACACAUCGACCAAACCGCUCACGUUGUCACUCAAGCGACCAUCUGA